UUGCUUCCGGGUAUCUUGCUUCCGGGUGCGAUGUACCAGUAUCUUUACUGUCCGAAAAGUAACACAGCAAACAAGCGCCUCUUCGAGUGCUUCCCACCACAACAAAGAGACAACAUACUUCAGUACUAGUACACUAUGAUGACCAGCACCAAAGGGCUCGACCCCAAGGGGUUGACUUAUCUCGAGGGAGAAGGGUUUCCUCGGGGUCUGAUUGACGCCAUGGUGGCUUUGAAGAAGGACUGUGCCGAACAGAUUUUUGUCAUUGACAAUUCCGAGCCCAUGAACCAACCAGACGGUCACAUCUUGUCCAAGACUAAGAGCGAUGGCAAUAAGCUGUGCUUUGAAAAGGCCACUCGUUGGGAAGAACUAAAAAUGUGUGUGAAAUCCCACAUUCAAAUUGCCGGAGCGCUCAAGAUUCCCGCCUCGUUUCGGCUGUUGAAUACUGCCACGGACGGUGCCCAUGUGGAUGGUCAAGAAUUUUCCAUUGGACAAGGGAAAGGAGGCGUGUACGAUGUCGACACGGAAGUGCAAACGGCACUGGAGAUCAUGGACAAGAUCAAACCCCAUUCGCGGUCUCCUCUGACCAAGAGCAUUCUCCAACUACUGAGGGACAUUGAAUCCAGAAAAGAAGAGCUCAAAAAGCGGGGCAAGCAUGUAUCUGUGGUGCUGUGUACGGAUGGAGUACCCAGUGAUUCCACCAGAGAAUUUCUGGUGGAUCAGUUGAAGAAAAUAUUAGGGGAAUCCCUUCCCGUGCACAUGGUCGUGCGGUUGUGUACCGAUGAACCCAGUGUCGUCGACUUUUACAAUGAUCUCGAUAAGGAUCUCAACAUUCGUCUCGACGUAUUGGAUGAUUUCCAAGGAGAAGCCCUGGAGAUUUGCAAGAUCAAUCCAUGGUUGACUUACUCCCUACCCUUGCAUCGAGCACGGGAAAUGGGCUUUAACAGUCCUUGUUUGGACAAUCUCGAUGAAGGACCUCUUUCCAAAACCGAUCAAAAGGAAUUGUGUGACUUGCUCUUUGGCAAGGAUAAGAUGUAUCUCUCUCCUUCGCCCGAACUGGAUCCGGAAGGCUUUUUGGAUCAUGUCAAAACUCUACAACAAGACCAAACCGAGCAGUGGGAUCCCAUCAUGGAAGAAACCAAACCUUGGAUUGAUGUAGAUUUGGUCAAAAACCCAAAGGAAAAAAUGGCCAAGAUGAGACGCAUCACGCAAAAGAAGAAAGGAAAAUGGUUCGCUGGUGUGUUGGGAAUCAAAAGGUAGACCGAUGGACCGAAAAAACCAUCCAGGGAGGCUACGAGAAAGGCAAUAACGAUUAUUUUGAACGAACAGACUCUCUUGCACACAAUACUGCCAAACUUGCACCUCAUCAUCAAUGCGUACAUAUUCCCGUCGUCAUAUUCAAAAACAACAACUCCACUCAUGCUGUAUUGCACAAUGCAGCCAGCGAAGAUUAAAUCUGCUGGCGGGGAUGAGAGGCCUCUCUGCGGCGUUGUAAAGCGUUUAGAUUGACCCCUAGCUAGCUAGCUGGCUAGAGCGCAUGGACGGCUGAGUCGUUCUUGCUAGCAAUGUACUGCAUAGCUAUUAUUGGCGUGCCUGUCGUGUCUCUUACUAGAUAGCUUCUCCUCGUACUCGAACCAGUCUACUUUACCGUGUUGAACUUUCCCUUCCCGGCCGUCUUGGCGUCCUUGUCGGGAGCGAUGUCGUCGACGCCCAGUUUAUCCAGCAGUCCUCCGGCCACCUGGCUCUCUUUUUCAUUCAGAACGGUUCCGUACCACGUAGCGUCGGCAGCCGCGUAUUCGUACCCCCCCUUGUCUUUCUUCGUUUUGUUGUUGUUGGCUUUCUUCUUACCAGCGUCGUCAUCGGCUGCCACCGCUGACUGACUGCCGACCACGAUCGCGGCGCCGGCAGCGAGUGUGGCCCCAAAACCUCUCCUACUAGAAAUGGUGGCAGCGACGGGCGAUUGUAGGCCGUGGCAGCAUCCCGAGAGGAGAGUUACUACCAAUACAACGAAAAUAACGAGCUGCAUCUUCCUAUCUUCUAAUAAUGAAUCCAACCCAACGUGGAAAAACCGCAGGUCACCACCACGGACUGAAUACUUCGAUGCCUUUGCACGGAUAGGGCGGUCACCACGAGACAAGGGUACGACUGUACCUGGUAACUCGAUUAUUUCACUUCAUAAUAAUUCUUGAAGAGUACCGUCUUUAGGAACAGUGCACGUAUACUGGCCAUUUCUGAGAAAGAUGCGAUGCUGCUCAACAAGCCUGGCUCAAGAGGCAUCAAGUGGCAAGAUCUUUGUGGAAAUGGCAGAAAUUCCUAGGUAUGGGGCGCAGCCCCAAGUAUGACAAGGGUUCCCCACAUCGGCACAUAGGGAGAGGGGAGGAGGGAGAGAGAUAUCCAUAACACAGUAGACGACCCUGCAGCUGGUGGAGAUAGUUGUAGCAGACCCAUGACAAUAAACCAAGCCACAGUGGGCUGGGUCGACUGAAAUUAAUAAGCCAGUAGGUCAGCCUAAAAAUUUUAAAAAGAG